AUGAUAUUUCAACUGUACGAGUCAUCUCCCGGCCUUCUGGCUGUGGGAGUUGUAUUAUCGUUGGCUACUGUGGCUGUUUUCACUAUCCGGUUAUGGGGUGAAUUCGUUGGAAAUGCCAUCCUCAACACGUUCAAUGGCGGCGUGUUGUCAACGGGACGAGCGGCUCCUGGCCCCAAGUGGCAGUGGCCGAAUGGCCAAUUUGCAGACAAGUUCUUGAAUGGCGCUGCAAGGUCGGAAGAAUGGCGAAAAUAUGGACCAGUUUACAGAGUUUGGGCCGGUCCUAAGCCAGAAAUAGUUCUUACGACUCCUGAAGAUCUCAAAGUUUUCCAUACAGACUCCGAUAAACACACCAAGCCUUUGGACGGCAACUUUGGCUGGUUUUUUGACAAAGUUCUGGGACGUUGUGUUGGCCUACUUUCACUUGACGAAUGGAAAAAUAUGCGACGAGUAGUCGAUCCCUCAUUUACUCAUGGUGCUUCAGUCAAACGCAUCAGUGUUACUGAAUCAGAUGCCAGAGCUUUUGUCGAAAACUUGCAUACAAUUUCGAAUGAGGGAGCCGAGAUAGCAAAAACCAAAGGCCGGUUUACUGUCCCUGCCAUGGCAGCAUUCAUGAAGUUUCCCUUCAUUUUUACAGCUGAGGUGGUGUACGGCAAUAUGACUGAAGCUGAGAAAGAAGAACUCUGGGAGAUUGCAGAGAAGCGUCAGGCACUGUUGCCUUUCUUUUUCAAGGGGAGCUUCUAUCGUACUUCAUACCUUAAAUGGUUUGACCGACCUGCCUACAACCAGCUUCAGGAGUUUUUGGACUCUUGGGCCGAAUUCAAUACUCGCAUGGCUAGAUCUCGACGUGAACAAGGCCUUCCGCUUCCGAUCGUUACAUACUGGGACGAGUAUCUUCAAGGAAAUAUUACUUUGGAACAGGUGACACAUACUCUGGACGAAAUGCUCUUUGCAAACUUGGAUGUCACGACCCACGUUCUUACAUGGGCCAUCACUCUUAUUGCCGAUCAUGAGAAUGCUAAGAAGGAGCUUCGAGAAGAAAUUGAAGCCCACAAAGAUAAUCUCCAAGAGUAUAUCGCCAACGUCAAUACUCACCUGCACCGAUGUUACUAUGAGUCCCUACGGCUGAGGCCAAUUGCAGUCUUCAGCAUCGGCGAGAGCGCUCCAAGUGUUAAGAACUUCCGCGGUAUACACGUAAAGCCAAACACUAUGGUGCUUGUGGACACAUAUGCUAUCAACGUUCGCAAUCCAUUCUGGGGUCCCAACAGUGAAGAGUACGACCCUAAUCGAUUCAAGAACCUCAAAUCGACAGAUCUACGAUACAACCUCUUUGUCUUCGGAUUCGGCUACAGAAAAUGCUUAGGACAGUACUUGGCAGGACACAUGGUGAAAGCUAUCCUUGUACACCUGUUCUCUCAGUACGAAGCCAAAAUCAUCGACGGAAGGAAAGGAAAGGCUGACUAUGACAUUGAUAAAACCACUUGGGUUCCUGUCGCGGAUGUCACCGUCGAGCUAACCAAGCUGUAG